AUUCUUGUAGGCUGCUAGUGAGCCUUAAAAGCCUACGUAUUUUCAAGUUUCUCUCUUCCACGUGUGUAUUUAGCUGUGUUAAAAUGGAAACGUUCAGAAAAUCCGGUGCUUAUUUGUCGAAUGGUUCACACCAUAGAAGUGAAAUUACCGUCAGAGGACGGAUCAUCAUUUGAUAAAGCCUGUCCUCUUAUAUGACAGAAUGCUUUUAGAGGAAGGCGAAGAAGACGAGCAAAACACCUCAUAUGGGAUGAAGCAGCCUGAAGAAGGAGGAGCCAUGGAAAGUGCCACUUCCUCUGGGAGUGGUGUUGAGGUGACAGUGUCUUCAGCCUCAGGAAUUGAUUCCCAAUUUGAACACUCUGUUGGUGAGAGAGCCCCACCGCAGAGUAGUGGACUUCUCAAUACCAGUGAUGGCGUGAGUGGCGCUGAAGGCGGACUUAGUCUGAGUCCUGGUUUGGGAAGUACUUCCAGCCCAGGCACUGGUGGUGUUAGCUCUGCACCUGCUACACCAGAGGCCAAUCGCCAAGAAAGAGGAUUUCUCAUUCACUCAUCUCCCUUGACUAACAUUGGCACUUUGUCAGAGGUUACAGGUGCCAAAGAAGGCACAAUGCUUCCUUGGGGUGCUCACAAAGAACGUUCUCCAUACCCUACAUGUGUCAAUGUUGAUAUUAACAUACGCCCAGGGGAAUUUGUUAUGAGAACCUUAUUCGCUGAAUUUACUAUUCAAGCAGAAAAGAAAAUAGAGUCUGUCAUGGGAGAUCCUCCUGAACGCUUGCUGUCAAAAGCACUGCAGCGUGGAGAAGAUUCUAAUUUUGAUCAACUACUCAGUGCAUUUGGCUCUGUUGCUGAGCAUUGUUUGCCCUCUAUUCUGAGAGCUCUUUUUGCUUGGUACAAACGGCAGAUGGGAGUGUCUGAUCCAAUAUCGACUGAACAAAAGAAAAGCGAUCAAAAAGGCAAAAGCACUGAAUCAUCAGAACGUAGUGAAGCUGAUUUACAGCAGGAAAGAAGAGAUUUGGCAGUUGAAUUUAUCUUCUGCCUGAUGCUGAUUGAAGUGCUUCGACAGUUACCCUUUCAUCCAGGUCAUGAAGAUCUUGUUAGAUAUAUUGAAGAUAUUGCCUUCAAACAUUUCAAACAUCGGGAAGGAUCACAAAGCAGUCCAAAUGCUGCAAACAUUCACAUUGUUGCUGACUUGUAUGCCGAAGUAAUUGGUGCUCUCGCCCAGUCAAGAUUUUCCUCUGUCCGUAAAAGGUUUAUGGCAGAAUUGAAAGAACUGCGAAGCAAGGAGCCAAAUCCUAAUCCUCAACACAGUAUGACUACCACUCACAGUAUAAUAGCUUUAUUGAUGGGAAUGAAAUUCUUCCGAGUCAAAAUGGUGCCCAUAGAAGAGUUUGAGGCAUCUUUUCAAUUUAUGCAAGAAUGUGCACAGUAUUUUUUGGAAGUGAAAGACAAGGAUGUCAAGCAUGCCUUGGCUGGUUUAUUUGUUGAGAUUCUUGUCCCAGUUGCUGCUACUGUGAAGAAUGAAGUAAAUGUUCCUUGUCUGAAGAAUUUUGUUGAGAUGCUAUACACUCAGACACUGGAUAUGUGCACCAAAAAUAAGCACAGAUUACCUCUUUUUCCCAUGGUGACUUGUUUAUUGUGUGUCAGUCAAAAGCAAUUCUUUUUACAGAAUUGGCACUACUUCCUUGCCAUGUGUCUAUCUCACUUGAAAAACAAGGAUCCAAAGAUGUGCCGUGUUGCUUUAGAAGCUCUGUAUCGACUACUUUGGGUCUAUAUGAUUCGUAUCAAAUGUGAGAGUAACUCAGCCACCCAGUCUCGCUUGCAAAGCAUUGUAAACUCUCUGUUCCCAAAGGGUUCUAAAGCAGUUGUGCCUCGGGACACACCCUUGAAUAUUUUUGUGAAAAUUAUUCAAUUCAUCGCUCAAGAGAGACUUGAUUUUGCUAUGCGAGAAAUUGUCUUUGACCUUCUCUCUGUUGGGCGGCCUAUUAAAAUUAUCUUAACUCCUGAGCGUAUGAGUAUAGGCCUGCGUGCGUUCCUUGUUGUUGCUGACAGCCUGCAGCAGAAAGAAGGGGAACCUCCUAUGCCACGCACAGUGGGAGUCAUGCCAUCAGGAAACACCUUGCGAGUGAAGAAGACUUUCCUCAACAAAAUGCUGACUGAUGAUACAGCUCGAAGCAUUGGAAUGUCAGCAUAUUUCCCUCAUGUUCGAAGAGUUUUUGUGGACAUUUUAAGAGCUCUGGAUGUUCAUUAUGGUCGUCCUUUGAUGCUGACCAAUGUUCAGAAUGUAAACAAAGAGUCUCAUGCUACUUCAAACCCAAGCUUUUCUUCGUACUUUUUACGUCAAGAGCCUGAUGAGCUAAUUACUGGUGAAAGAAAGCCUCGAAUUGACUUAUUCCGUACUUGUGUAGCUGCUGUUCCAAGACUCAUUCCAGAUGGCAUUACUGGUGCUGAGCUUGUAGAUUUACUUGCAAGACUUACGGUUCACAUGGAUGAAGAGUUGAGGGCUCUUGCUUAUCAAAGCCUUCAAACAUUAGUGAUAGAUUUCCCAGAUUGGAGACAGGAUGUUAUUUGUGGAUUCACACAAUUUCUUGCCAGAGAUGUGCAAGACACUUUCCCUCAACUACUUGAUAAUGGGCUUAGGAUGCUCUUGCAACUGCUGACUAGUUGGAAAAAUGCUUUGGUUGUUCCUGGAACAACUACUUUGCGAACAUCAGUGGCCCAUUCUUCGCAGCCUGUCCCCACUCACCCUCCAUCUGCUGCAAGUAGUGAUAGGGGAAGCGAAAGAAGUACCAUCAGUGAUCGCAGCACUGCAAGUGAACGAGAGUAUCACAUUCCCCAUGCUAAGAAGCUUCAGGACGCAGUUCAGAAAGUGGAAGCUGCAGGGACUGUCUUGCAUAUGGUAGAGGCCCUGGCUUUAGUGAUGCUGUGCCACUGCCGAUUGUAUCCUCGAAGGUUGUCAGUUCACAUCCUACGAGAAGUGAAACACCUGUUGAAGCUGGUUGGCAGUGCUGGACAUGAUCAACCUGUCAUUGAUGUUAUUGACAAAUGUUGUCCGGUUGUGUUUGAAAAAUGUCUCAGUUCACUCCCUCCUCCUGAGAAGUCAGCUGCUUUAGCUAUAUCAUCCAUAGACUUGCAGUGGAUUGCUGACCGGAGUUCCUCAGUGUGGACUGCAGGAUUUCAAGAUGAGAAUAGUACAAAAAGCUCUUCCCAGCUAAACUUGGCUGGAUUUGACCCAUGGGCUACAUGUUUGUUUGGUUUCUUAGAGAAAGAUAGAGUUCUGUCAUCCUGCCCAACAGCUGUCCUACAUUCUUGGCCUAUUGUCUUCUCUCGGAUCAACUCUCUCUUUACUGUCAUUGACCCAACGCCUGUAAGCGACAACAGAGCAUCCUUGCUGAGAAGCUCUGUGACCGUUCGGAAACCCAUCAAUGAACGUGACAUCCACAUGCACGUUUGGAAGACCUAUGUUGCUUUUGCAUUCCGUGUGGUGCCACCGAUUCCCAGCCCAGUGGUUCGGUGUGCCUCUCCUGACUUGAGCUUGAGUUUCUUCCGCAGCUCGUCCCCGGACAGCCUGACGAACGAGCGCGGCGACAACAAGGCCAGCAACCCCGGCGGCAGCCAGGUGUCCUGCCCGCCCGGCGGCCUCUACAAGCUGGUCGUGCCACUGCUGCGCUGCGAGGCCGCCGACGUGCGCGACGCCGCGGUGCAGGCCCUGGGCCGGGUCAACGUGGAGGCCCUCAAGGACCUGCUGGAGGAGCUGGUGCUGUACAUCCGGGAGGCCGUGGACCGCAAGCAGGAGAACAUGCGGCGCCGGCGCCGGCGGGACGCGCUGCGCCUGCAGGUGGUGCGCGUGUUCGAGCUGAUUGCCGAGCACGGCACCUUCGGCAUGAGUUCGAGCAUGCUGGAGGCCGAGUCCCGGUCCCUGCACCCCACCAUCGUGGAGUACAUCGAGGGCGCCAGGCUGUACCUGGAGAGCGAGCCGGAGAAGGACCUGCCGUCCACGGUCAAGCUGCACUUCUGCAACUUCAUCCGCAAGAUGAUCAAGAGCUUCUCGCUGGAGACGUGCCACAACCUGCUGAAGCGGGACCUGCGCCGCAGCCUGUUCUCGCUGUUCGCGGGCUGGACGGGCCGCUUCGCGCGGGCGCUGGGCGUGGGCCAGGACGCCGCCGACGACGCGGCCUCGACCGCCUGCACCGAGCUGCAGCUGUCCGCCCUGCAGGCCAUGAGCGCCCUGCUGUGCUGCGGCGCCUGCUUCAACCCGGACGCCCUGCACGAGGACGGCGCGCUGUACCCCUGGCUGGACAUGCUGCUCGCCUCGCUGGACGAGAAGGUGUACCAGCUGGCCAGGGAGACGGUGGUGCUGCUGCUGGAGUGCAACCCGGACGUCGGCCCGCUGCUGGACUGGGUGGUGGACAGCCGCUGUUAAAAAGGCUCUCUCUCUCCGUUGCAGGUGUACCAGCUGGCCAGGGAGACGGUGGUGCUGCUGCUGGAGUGCAACCCGGACGUCGGCCCGCUGCUGGACUGGGUGGUGGACAGCCGCUGUUAAAAAGGCU